GCGCAGCCUUUGCUGUGUCGAGCCCGUUCACUUCUUACUGUGCUAAAGGCCUGUUCCUUUGCUGCAGUCCUCUUGGAUUUAUUUUACUGGACUCAUCGCGUCAGUGAACCUACAGGAGGGGAGAGACUAGGUGGGAGUCCGUCCCUUGACGCACAGCGCUCAGCCUCAUCUCAGUGCCCAAUACCCAGGAGUCUGUUUCCAUUGUCUCAAUGCCAAACGUGAAUGCCAAACGCAUUUGACUUUUCUGGAGCAGCAGUUGUAUUACCCGUUCUGUGUGGCAUGGACGUUGGUCACUGCUCUGAUGACCUGCCGGUGCACUUGCCCACUCCUGAACCAGGCCUCACCUUCCCAGGGGGAGCUGUUAUGACAUACACCGCAGCCACACAUGCGAGCCGGGAGGUCCCCUGUUUCCAGGACAGUGUCUCCCUGUGUGACCCGGGCUCAAUGGGAUGUUCGGGUUCGGCUCAGCAGCUGGCGUUCCGCCAGCGGACAGCGGAGCGCUCACUCUGCCACGCUGUGCCGGGCUGCGCUGUGGCUGUAGGCCCGGAGGCCAGGCCGUACCGGAGCUUGGAGAACCUUCACUGGACUGCAGUGGCUGAGGGCAAUGUUCACUCGCUCAGCCCGCCUUGCCAGGGCGCCGGGAGGGGAUUCGCCUUCCGCUGCCAGAUGACCAGCGAUUGGAACGAGGUCUCAACGGGGCGCCCUGACAUCGACAGCCUGCUGCGUGCUAGCGUCGGUCCACGGCCGGGGAGUCCCAAGGUGGGAUACCCACCGCCAUUCGCCAAAGUGCCACAGUGGCUCUUCCCUUCAAAGGCCGAGAAGGCCCUGAACAGCGGAGCUAAGAAGGAACUGAAAGAGAAGCUCCGGUUCCAGAGCCCCAAGGCAGUGGAGAUCGGUAAACCUGUCCGCCCUCAGGCCUUUCCCGAGGAUCUCUCUGCUUCGAAGGACUGCGUUGGAAGGGUGAACCAUGGCCACUGCCCGUCACGGUAUGGCAAGAUGUUGAGCAACCCCUUGGCGGCAAUGCCUUCCCAGAACGGCUGCUCAGCUCCUCAGCAGCGAUUGAGCAGCCCCGCGGAGAUCAAGGAGGAAGCCAUGCGGAGGUUGAAGCUGCGCCGUCAGAACAGCACGCCGAACCUGAUAACCAUCCCCUCCAAGGAGGAGGGUGGCGAGGUAGUGAAGUCCCAGACCACAGAACUGCUGCGCCAGCCCGGAAGGACCACUCCGAAAGAGCCGUCGACAGUGGCGUCUGAAAGGAGGCGAGCCUUUAAGGCGCGGGUCCACAUUCCCUCGUUCGAGGAGUUCAAAAAGAUGAGGAGGAGAGAGAGAUGCCAGGCCCCAAGCACCGAGGCUCAGCCGCAGGAAAGCAAGAGUUUCGCCACUCUCUGCGGCGCAGUGAGGAGGGUGACCGGUGGCAGUUGCCCAUCACUGAUUAAGAUGGAACACCACACCCCACGGAGGAGGCAGUCCAUCAGAUGCCAGGGACUCGCUUGCUAUGGCCCCAGACCCUGCCGCUGUCAACCAGAAUCCCAACAGCCUUGUUCGCAGACUGGCCUUACACCUACUGGCAGCGAAGCCUCUCCAGCGUCACCCAUCCAGGUAUUGACCAGCCCGAGGGAGCAUGGUGUCUCCCCAGACCCGAUCUGCACCAGCCCGGCUCCUGGGUCACCGUUGCAGACAGAAGUGACCCUGCCCCAUGAGUGUGAGGACCUGGCGAAGAGACCAGAGCUUGCAAACGGGACAAGAUUCAGUAAGAGCUUUAGCUGCGCGGAGAAGAACACAGCAGGAGAGGCCCAGCUGUCUUGUUGUCCUUCGCUCCUGUUGGAAACAGCUGCCGAUCUCUCUGGCUAUGGCGUCAGGUUUCAGCAGAUGAAAGACGGCCUGAUAGGCUCAGCCAUUGACCUCAUCAAGAAAAGCUGCACUGCAGAAACUGCAGCUGGACCAUCAGCCCAUCUCCAGGAGCUGGGUGACAUCACCGUCAGUCAACAGGACAAUCAAUCAAGCCCGGUUUCCACGGCGAUCCCGGACUGCAGCGCAGAAGGCGAUCGGAAACCUGCUGGUGUUCGUCGGCAGACAGAUUGUCAUUCACUCCCUGGAUGUCGGAGGUCAAGCUCUGACGCAGCCUAUGGGACGACGGAGAGCGCCAAGGCCCAACGUGAAUGCCGCCUGCGCCCCCAUUUCAGUGACCCCAUGCCAGCCGAUGCAGUCAAGCGGAAGCAGCUGGAGAUGAGGAUAGCAGCUGCCGCUUGGGGCCUUGGCCAGAAGAAACGCCAGGACAAGGACAGCGGCAGUGGGAAUCCGUUUUCCAACCCAUCCAGCAGACUGGCUGACUCCUCUUCCAGCUCAAAGCCAAGAGACGGUUACCAGGGACCUGGCUCUGACAACAAGUCAAAGCAUCGCUGGAGUAGCCUCAGUGCAGACAGUGGUGUGGUUGGACUGAAUGACAGAAGUGAAGAGAGGGAGGAAGAAGAGGAUGAACGGGCAAGGAAGGGCAAAACAGCAGAAGUAGAGAGAGCGGACAGCGGUAUUGGGCCAGCUAUGGCCAAGAAAUGGAAAAGUCGGGUGGGGGAGACAGCGCGCUCAGUGCAGGCCUGGGUUGUCCAUCGACCCUGUGUCGACUGCGGAGAGAGGGACACCUCAGAGACAGACCUGAGGGAUGCCAUGAAGAUACGGGAGAACCUCUGUGGACAGUGUGCGAAGCGCAGGACUGAGCGUAAGGAGGCCAUCUUGGAAUUUGUCAACACGGAAUCCAGCUACGGGGAGGACCUACGCAUCAUCAAGGAGGAAUUUCACCUCCCCAUGCAAGCAGCUGGACUCCUGACCCCAGAUCAGCUAGCAGUGAUCUUCAGUAACAUACAGGAACUCAUAGAGGUUAAUGAGAAAUUUCUCGAGAGGCUGCAUGAUUCCACUGAACAAGCCUUUGAUCAGGAUGAUGAGGACUUUUUAACCGUGUGCAUUGGCGAAAUGUUCCUUGAAUUUGUCAACAUGCUGCCAGCAUUUCAGACUUACUGCAUCCAUCAGUCUACCUCCAUCAACAUGCUGCACACACUGGAGAAAGAGAAGGAGCUCCUCAGGAUCUUCCUGGACGUGUCGCAGAAUGACAACACUGCAUUGCGUCGGAUGAAUCUGAGAUCGUUUCUGAUGGCUCCACUGCAACGGGUCACCAAGUACCCCCUCCUACUUAGCCGGAUUAGUAACUCCACGCCAGAGUACCACCCAGACCACUGCAGCCUGCGGGAGGCCAAGAGCAGGGUGGAGUCCCACCUGGAGCACAUCAACAUGAAGACCAAGCAGGAGACCGCCCCACCCUGGUCGCUGCGUUCCUUCCGUCGGGACAGCCGGCGUAACCGAGAGGUAGUCAACAUUGAGAUGAGGGAGAUCGCCAUCAAGGCAUUGGGCUGGUCGCGGGAGGAUACCCGUUUCCCAAUGGAGGGUGCGCUGCAGUCCUCUCAGCCCAGCGAUGGACAGUGGGCCAAGAAGGGAAGCAGGGCACUCAAGUUCCAAACUCUCCAAGUGCUCCUGAUGGUUAACGUGGGCCGGGAGUCGGAACCCGGCCAAGAUGGCGUGGUGGCCGGGGGCAGGUGGGACCCACCAGUGCGGGACGCUGCGCUGGUGCUGAUCAGGGACAAGAGCGGCGGCAAGUUUUCCCUGUUCCGCCACCCCAUCCACCUCAGCCACUGCGUGGUGUCCUCAGACCCGGACUGUGAUGACACAUUUGAGCUGCUGGACAUCCGAAAGGAGGCGUUCGUCUUCCGCGACGCCGACAGGCACCGGACCCGUCACUGGUUCAGGCUGAUCAAGCGCUAUUCGCGGGAUCUGGGCUCCUGGCGUAAAAGGCGUAAUGCACUACCCAACAUCAUGAUCAAUGCGACUUACAGCCGGUCCUGAGCACCAGAGCAAAACAGGGUCCAUCUUGCCGACCACACUCCCUCCCCACUCAAAAUAAAGCAAUGUUGUUACGGGAAUGUGGGACAAAAGCACUGGGGUGGGGGACAGGUGAGGAGGGGAAUUUGGGAAGAACAUGUUAGGGAGGGCAUGAGUACCUGUCCUUCCAAACAGAGUUGCCAACCUCCAGACUUCCCAGGGGCCUCCAGAAAUUGAAGGCUAAUCUCAUCAACACUACUGUGCAGGAAGAGGGCCAAAUCACUGGGACAUUGAACCACAGGAACAGUAACUUAGGACAAGACAUUCCGAGAUGCCUGGGCAAAUGCAGCUUAAUUAAAGAAAGUCAGCAUGAUUAAUUAAUGACAAAUUGUGUUUAAGUAACUCAUUGGAGUUUUUUGAUACAGAAGGGUUGAUGAGGGUAAUGAAGUGGGCCAGGAAGGGAAGCAGCUCACUCAUGUUCCAGACCCUCCACAUGUUCCCAAUGGUUCAUGCCAGCAAGGCGCCUGAGCCCAGCCAAGCUGGUGUGGUGGCCAGAAGUGAAUGCUGCAGUAGUGCAUAUAGAUGUCCAAAAGACAUCGAAUAUAGUGCCACGUAACAGACCUGGCAGGAAAAUUAGCAUUCAUGAGUAAGAGGGACAGCGGCAACCUGAAUAUGAAAUUGGCCAAGCGACAGCAAACAGUUAGGAAUGAUUAAUGGAUGUUCUUUGGGCUAGUUGAAAGUUUUCAGUGGAAUUCCCCGGGGAUCAGUGCUCCUGAUAUAUCAAUAACUUUGGAAUAUGGGACACAAUUCCAACGUUUACAGACAAUACACGACUUGAACUGUAAAGAGGGCAGUGUAGUACUUCAAAAAUAUACAAACAGGUUGGGCAGUGACAUGACAGAUUAAGUUCAAUUUGGAAAAGUGUGAGGUGGUUCAUUUUGGUAAGAACAAUGUGGACAGACAAUAUAAAAUAUGCAAUAUGACUCAAGGGAACCUUGGGGUAUAUGCGUGUAAGUUAUUGAAGAUGGUGGCCAAAAAAGCAGAAGACAUGUUUGGCUCUAUCAGCAGGGGUAUAGAGUGAAAAAUCAAAGAAGCUAUGUUAAAGAACAAAGAAGAACAACAAAAAAAAGCUGGAAAUGUUUGGUAAAGUCUUAACCUUUCUGGUUGAGGUGACCUAUCUUCAGAAUGUGAAGUGUUAAUGGUGCUCAGAUUUCCAGCAUCUGCAGUAUUUUGCUUUAGUAUUAGGAGUUAUGUUAAACUUGGUAUAAAACACUGGUUCAGCCUUGACUGGACGAUUGUGUCCAGCUGUGGGCACCAUGCUUUAGGAAUGAUGGGAAGUCACUGGAGCAAGUACAGGAAAGAUUCAUGAGAAUGGUUCCAGAGAAACUUCAGUUAUGAAUAUGGAUUGGAGAAGUUUUGGAGAACUGUUUUCCUUGGAGAAAGUUGGAAGUGGAUUUGACUGACCUGUUCAAAAUCAUGAGAGAUACAGACAGCGCAGAUCGGGAGAAGCUAUUUCCAUUUGGGUAAGAAUCAAGAAUCAGAAGGCACCACUUCUGGGUAAUUAGCAGGAAUGAGGAGUAACAGUUUCACACAGAGGGUGGUUAGGAUCUGGAAUGUGCAUCUUGAGAGAGUCAUAGAAUUACAGAAUCAUACAGUAUGAAUGAACUAUCUUUAUUGUCAGAUAUACUCAGUGAGUAUAGUGAAAAGUUUAUACAUCACUACUUACAGCGACAUCUUAGGUACAAAGGAACCUAGGUACAGCAUCUUUAGUUACAAGAUCUUAGAAAAUAGAGAAAUUAGAUGUCCAGUGUUGCAGAAAUAAAAAUUCAUAACAACGACCUGCCAACCCAGACCAUGCUUUCACUGAGCCUCCAGUCCACACUGGGCCCUGGCACCACACUGUGCCAGGCUUCAUCUUGAGGAUCACAAGGCUGGGAGAUUGGUUCAAGCCGCCAAGCCUGGCUGAGAAUGGCAUGCUACAGUAGGUGAGUGGGCGCUGCAUGUUGCCAGUCGGUUGCCACGCCACACUGGGAGGCUGCUACAGGGGGUUGCUUCGCCAGGCCGGGAGGUCACAACGCCAUGUCAGGACCCCACUGCACCAGGCUGAGAGUCAUCGCCGGAGUGUGGGGAGUUUGUCAGAUGCCAGGAGAGAAGGGGAAGAACAAAACACGAAGAGGAAAAAAAUAGACAAGAAAAGAAGGACGGGUGGAGUGGACAAGCUCUGGUGGAGCCUCCUACUCUGCUAUUCGGUCCAGUGAGCUCAUACCUACCAAACCAGUGGAGGCAGAUUCAGUCAAGCCUUUCAAAGGAUAACUGAACUAUGUUCUGAAAAGGCAGAAUGUGCAAGUUUGCAGGAAGAAAUCAACAGAGUGGCACUUAGUGAAUCGUGCCUUAGAGGGCCAGUAUAGGAAUGAAUGACCUCUUUCUAUGCUGCAACCAUUCUGCAGACAAAAUCUCCUUGAACAGCUUCUAGUCACAAAAAUAAUGGAGACAAAAACAAAACAGACCGAAUAACAGUCAAAAGCUGUGACCCCUUUAAGACAUGGACAACAAUCAAAAUAUUAGAAGGGAUGUUGGUCAAAGGUCAUUCAAUCAGGCAAUGAGGAGUUCAAUUACUUGUAACUUGAUGACAGAAUGGCCCUUAGUCUCCAUGGUAGGUAGGUUAAACUGUGAGGGGGUUGAGGCAGGAAUGUCGAAGGUUGGAGAUCAAAUGCCCAACAAUACAUCCAACCACUGCUGGCAACCCGACCUCUGAGUCUGGCCAACUGUUUUGUCAGGUCUUAGCAGUGAUCAGGGUACAACACACCAUAGAGCUGAUUGUUCUUCUGUCAGCGAGGCUUUUACAUGGGGGAACUCAGUAAGGCUGGGCAGGAUGUGCUUCCCUGCUGACAAAUUAAAAACCUUUCAACUCUUGCCCUCAGAUAGAGCUCAAUCUGUUUCGCCAAGCUUCUUGAUGGAGUUUUUGAUGGUAAUGGUUAAUUGCAACUCUAGGAUAGCGACCAGCGAUGUUGGGCUCACUAUAUGUGUUUGAGGGAAACUAGGAGAAGUGAUAGUGUUCUCAUGACAUUGCUCAUUUCUCAUUAAUUAGUUGGUCGCCCUGUUAUAGGCAGAAUAGUAUUAAGCUGGAGAGGAUUCAGAAGAGUUUUGCCAGGAUGUCAAAGGGAAUGGAGUGUUUGAGUCAUAAGGAGAGGCUGGGAUUUUUUUCAUGGUGCAUAGGAGGUUGAGGGGUGAUCUUAUUGAGGUUUAUAAAAUCAUGUGGGGCAAUAGAUAAGGCAAAUGGCGGGUUGCUUUUUUAAACACAGGGUGGUUUGCUUCUGGAAUGAACUUCCAGACAAAGUGGUGGAUGUGGGUACAGUUACAAUGUUUAGAUGCCAUUUGGAUAAGUACAUGAAUAAGAAAUGUUUGGAGGGAUAUGGGCCAAGUGCAGGCAGAUGCAGUUUAGUUUGCGAUUAUGGUCAAAUGGACUGGUUGGACUACGAGUCUUAUUCUGUGCUGUAUGACUCUAAGACUCUCUAGCAGGUUGUGGUGGUUUUGGGAAGGGGCUGCUGCUGGGAAUGAGUUACCAACUCUAGUUGCAGAUAUUCCUGGGCAUGACCUCCAAAAUUGUCAACCCCCACACUUCCCAACAUACUAUCUCCAAUAUUAUUGUGAUGAAUAAACAAAUGCCUUCUGAGAUGAUGAAGGGCAAAUGUUUUUUUUUGUGACAUUUUCACCACCUGUUUUGCUCACAGCAGUGUCCUGGAGAUUAAUCUCUGUCGUCCAGACCAAUCCUGGAGAGUUGGCAACACUAGUGAAGGGCAGGUGUGGGGAGAGAAAUGAAUAUUUGUGUGUUUAAAAAUACAAACAUUUCACAUCCCUUUUCCAUUUCAGAAGUGUGUAGAUAUAAACUUAAGCCUGAGACCUAGUCAGGUUACUACCUCCAAUGUAAGCACAGUGCAGUAUUGAAUGCACUUUCCUGUCUUAAUCUUGGUCAGUUAACCAGGAAGGUUGAUUGUGCGCAACUAUGUCCUGUGUAUUAGUUCUUCCAUGAUGCAUUUUCUGUUGGUAUCUCUCCUCAAGGAGUGUCCUCAUAAUCUAUCUGGUUGAUUUUGACUGAACCCGACACUUAACGGCACAUCCACGUCACAGUAUUUGAUGUUUCUUCAACAUCAUUCGAUAUUUCUACUGCAGGGCUAGAACUGGUUUCUGUCCAUCUGUUUAUUCGUUCCAGUAUUUAUUUUUUUGACGGGCUUUAUUUUAUAUCUGAAACGAGCACAGAGAAUGCUGGAGAAACUCGGCAGGUCUGGCAGCAUCUGUGGGGCGAGACAAACGAGUGUCAAAGUUUCGAGUCUGGGGCAACUCUCCUUCAGAACGAAAAGGUGUUGGGAAAUUUGAGAGAGGCGCAGGCCCAGCGAAAAUGGCAAAGAAGAUCGUCGACUCUCUUUCUGAACUGUUCUGCGAGUCUUUCACGUCGCACAUGCUGGACUCACCAGUGGUUAUUGUUAACGUGGGUGCUUGGGGCCCACUGGCAGUUCCCAAGCCCCAGAUGCCUCCCAAGUGAACAACACCCCUCUCCCUGUGGGCAAUGUGGGAAGCUGGGCAAAGCUAGGCCCAGAUCCUGAGUGAGCGUGCGAAUCUGUUCGAUUCAUUCUUUGGUGGGAUUUUUAAAACUGCCAUCUUGGAUUUUUCAUCUGCCCCUCCUCCUCACUACAUCUGGGGGAGAGGCUGAACGUGGAGCCAGAUUCGAGACUGAAACCCUCCAGUUUGGAGACAGGUGUUACCGUAUCAGGUCACUGAAGAACAGCCCCAUUCUGGUCUCACCUUCCUACAACCACUGAUGGGCUGAAUGGCCUCCUUCCAUACUGUAACAAUUCUGUGAUUCUGCUGUUCAUAGAAUCCCUACAGUGUGGAAACAGGCCAUUCAGCCCAACAAGUCCACACUGACUGUUCGGGCUGUGGGUGGAAACCCACAUGGACACGGGGAGAACAUGCACAGACAGUCACCUGAGGGUGGAAUUGAACCCAGGUCCCUGGCGUUGUGAGGCAGCAGUGCUAACCACUGAACCACUGCUGUUUCCCUCUCGUUUCCAUAUGACCCCCCCCCACAUAGAGGAAAUGAUUUGAAAACCACGGCUCAAAUUUUGUUUUUGAGCAGGCAAUAGAAAAUUGGUGCAUGGGGAAGGGGGGAAUUGGACUAAUGGGUAGUCUGGCCAGGGUCUUUAAAGUGAUGUGCAAAGGAAGCAAAGGUAAUGCAAGAGAGGAAAGAGCUUUUUCAUUAAGCAAGUAGUUCUGGAAUGCACUAUCGUGACAUUUGGUGGUUUAAUUGAGACAUUCAUGAGAGUACUGGAUGAUUAUUUUAUAGAAGGUGUGUGGGGUGGGGGGGGGAUAUAGGGAAAAGGCAGGAGAUUUGGCAAUAGAGCAGUAAGCACAAUGGGCCGACUAGCCCCAGCGCUGUAACAAGCCUGUGAUUCUGUUGCAUCCCACUUCCCAAACAACCCAUAGAUGGAAACAUUUCAGAACCACUGCUUUAAUACAGCAUCAGAUGUCACACGAUAGUGUUCCAGAGGAAAACAAAAUAAUAACAAAAGCAGUAACACUUGGAAACGAACAUACCAGUCAUACUGGAACACUGUUGUGAGACAUGCAAAACAAGUUGGACCUAUGUGUGUAUUUGCGAGUUUUCCUUCUGGAAUCCUACUUUGCUACAAUUGCACAAUAACUGGGGUGGGGGGGGUGGAGGGUGGAGGAAGGGAAAGAAAAGGCCCAUUUUGACCAAGAACCUGAAUGUACAAGCUGUAGCAACUUCCCUGUCAUGCCAGCCUGUUUAUGAGUGAUUAACAUUUAUCAAUUUCAGGCACAGUCCAAGAGUUCUUGUGACACCUUGAUAGCAUCCCUACCUCUGGGCCAGGAGGCCCGGGUUCUCGUCCCUGAGCAGUUAAACAAUAUCUAAAAGCACACUCCAAACGAUCUUGGGGCAUAGUGGUAGCGUCUCUACCUUUGAGCCUGCUUCAGAUAAUACUAUCUCCAAACAGGUUGAUUUGAAAAUAUCUAAAAGCACAGCAGUCAAACUUAAAAAUCUUUAUUCCAGAAUCCACAAUGCAGUGAGCAGAUCAGCCACAGGGCAUUGUAUAUAUAAAAAUGUCACAGUUCUCAGCAACAUGCAGGUCUGCUACCUCACUUGAGUUGGGUCAGAAACAGCAAUAAACAAAUAGUGGUGAUGCAGUGGAUUGUAGCCCAUUGGAAUCUGGGUUAACAGGAGGACAGUCUCCUGGCUGUAAGGGAAUCCCUCAUUAUUAACAUUCCUAAACUUGACGAAUACAAAACUUCAUGAGAAAACCUAAUGGACUUGGAACAAAGAUUCCUAAUAUCCAGCUUCACAAUACAGUGGCCAGUGUCACACUCUCAAUAGUCCCUCAUCAAGUGGGGACUCAACAAUCCUGCUGUUGGUAGCAAAUUGUAAAUGUAGUGUGAGCUGUUUAAAAGAAGAAUUAAUAAGCACAACCUCAAGAAUCAAUUGGAGUUUAUCGACCUGAAAUGUUAUCGCCCUCACCCCAUUGAUGCUACCUGGCCUGCUAAGUAUUAUAACAACAUGCACUUUAAAGUGCCCUUAAUGGACUAAGGUGACUCAAGAAGUUUCAGCAUUUCCUGUUAUUGCUGCAUUGAAAAUGUGGGUUUAUAAUGGAAAUUGCUGAUAAAAGGCACAUUUUGUCAAAGCUUUUCAUCUUGUUCUUGGGACAGUUCUCAAGAAAUACUGAUCUGAAGAAAAGCCAAAAUUUAUAUUGUUUAAAAAGAGAAUGCUAUCGGUUGGCAAUGCCAUGCUUGCUCUCCAUGGUAAUGAUUCCAUCGAUCAACAUCCACUAGCCAAGCAAUCAGAACUCUGCUCUCAUUCAGUAAAGAUGUUGUUUUCCUUCUACACUGGCAUUCUUGCAAAUUGUCCUGAUGAGUGCAAGACAAAAUGCCUCAACAAAAUGUGUCUUUUUUUGGCAAUACUCAAGCUCUGUACUAACAAACAAUUAUUUGUAUAAUGGAAAUGUUAAAGGAAGACUUUGAAAAGAGGUAUAAAAUUCUCUCCGUGCAUUGCAAGAGGAACCACAAUUGGUUAUGUGCAAUAUUAGCAUUAGAAUUUUUUGCAUUUAUUAUUGUACUUUUCAUGACCAUCAGAUAUUGCAAAAGCUUUACAUUCAAUGUUGUAUGUUUGAAGUGUAAUCAUUGUUGCUGCGUCAGAAAUAUGACAAGAGAGGCGGUGUCACUGGACUAAUAAAUUCAGAACCCCAGGCUGAUGAAUUGGUGACUCCCACCAUGGCACAUUAUGAAAUUAAAUCAAUAAAAGUCUUCAAGAAAACACUAGCCUAUUGAUGAUCUAACUGUCAAAAGAAACCCCUCUAGUUCAUUAAUGUCCAUUCAGGAAGGCUUGGUCUGGUCUGGUGACUGUGACCCACAACAAUGUGGUUGACUCUUAACUACCCUCUGGGGAAUUAGGAUGAGCAAUAAGUGUUGGACAGGUCAGAGACACCCACAUCCUGUAAUGAAUUGUAAAGGAGUUCUCACAAAAAAUACUGCAAUGAUGAUCCUGAAGUAUCUAAUUUUAUGACAUUAAUUUAAAAUAAAUAUUGGCCAGAAUGCUCGGAAGCUCUUCCUUGAUCUGUUGCUGAAAUAGUACCCUGAGAUUUUCCUGAGGUGGACAUAUGGGUAUUGGUUUAAUAGCUGAUCUAAACAUCUGCACUUCCAACUGUACAGCCUCAUAGUUCUGUAUCGGAGUGUCAGCAUCGAUUUUUGCGCUCAGGUUCCAGAUUUGGAUUUGAAUCCAAAGACCUCUGAGAGAUAAGAACAGGGCUCAAAGAUUUCAUAACUUCAGUGCACAAAACAACAUGCACGUAAGAAUAUUUCCCAUUCUGUUCUCUUCAUUCUUUGAUGGGAUUUGGGUGUUGCCAAGGGCAGGAUUUGUUUCUAACCCUUAAUUGCUAUUGAACUGAAUGGUUUAAGCUCACAAAUGUAUGACGUGAACUUAAAUUCCACCAUCUGCCCAAGCAGAAUCUGUACUUUAUCAUCACAGAGUUUAUCAAACAUUAUUGGAAGUCAGUUGAUCUCCACCCUGUAUAAUCUUGAACAGCUCAAAUCAUUCUGGAAAAUCACGAAGUCCAUCUUGUGUGAUUAUUUCUCACAUUUCCUUCAUUGCCAGUGACUUUGAAUUACACAAUGUAAUACCUGAAACUCAAUAAACUGAGAAGUGUUCAGGAAAGAUGUUAGCAUCUCUACAUGCAAAGGUGAGCAGAGGUGUGGAACUCUCUUCCUUAAAUGGCAGUUGAUGCUGGAUCAGUUGUUAAUUUUAAAUCAACACAUUUUCAUUAAGCUGAGGUGUUAAAGGAUAUGGGCCAAAGGCUGGUAUAUACAGUUAGCCCAUAAAUCAGCCAUGAUUUUAAUGAAUUGCAGAACAGGCUUAAGGGGUUGAAUAGCUUAACUCUGUUCAUGUGCGCCUAUCAUAAAUGCUAUCUUCGUCAUCAGGUAAUCAAUCUACUUAGGUUGGAAAAACCAGACAUCCCAACCCAACAAUUCCAUAAAUAGAGAGACAAAGUCUUAAAGACUAAACUCUGUUGUUCCUUAUAUACACAAAUUUCUAUGAUUGGAUUCUGAUGCAGAUGGCUUUUUUGAUAACUCUGGAAGACAUUCAUUAUCUCUUGCUGCUUAGUUGGUCCAGUGUCUGGCAAUAGUAAACGAACCAAACUCCUAAACAUCCACAUAGGUAGGUUCUCUAAACUAAAACUAAGAAACGAGCAUAAUGGAAAUCUGAAAAAACAAACAAAUUUCUGGCUGCAUCGGACCAAUACUUAUCCCUCAACCAACAACUUUGAGAGGAGUACAGGAGCAAUGGGACUCAAGGUUCAAGUGCAUAAUUCUCUGAAGAGAGCCAGACAUGUUGGAACAGAUUUUUGGGUUUUUAAAGAGAGGCAUAGAGUAGAAAAGAAGGAAGUGAAACUACACCUUGACAAGUUAUUGGUCUGACCACAUCUGAAGUACUGUGUUCAGUUCUAGGCACCUUAUCAAAGAAAAAUGUUAAAGCCGUGGAGAGAGUGUAAAGGAGAUUUACUACAAUUAUAUCAGCAUGGGGGAUUUUAGAUUAAAGAUUAGAGAAAUUGGUCUUACUAAAUUAGGGACAGAGGAAAUUAAGAGAUGAUUUUAUUCAAAAUUCUGAACAAUUUUGACAGGGUAAAGAGAACAUUCUGUUUCCUUUAGUUGACAUAUCAGUAACUAGGGGUCACAAUUUCAAGAGUCUUAGCAAGACAGCCAGGAGUGAGAGGAGAAGAAAUAUCUUUACUCAGAGAGUUGUUAGGAUUUGGAAUGUGCUGCCUGGGAGAGUAGUCGAGGUGAAUUCCCUAGGAGAU